AUGAGCUCUACUACAGAUUAUCAACCCACCAGAUUAACAACAACACUUUCAACUGCACUAACUACAAUCACCAAUUUAAGUUCUACAACACCAUGCGCCCAUGAACCAAAUAAUUGUAAUUCACCGUUAACGAUUUCUUUGGUUUCAACUGCCCUAUGUGUCCUGGUCAUUAUUCUGUGCCUGCUCAUCGUCUGCAUCGUCAAAACCUACAGGCUUAGGGGGAUGGAAAAGGAGGAUUCGAAACCAUGUAAAGCUAAAAAACCAGCGCCAUCUGUUGAUGACUUGAACAAAAAUGCAUUUACAUCGGCAGAAGCUCAACUUGAGAUGACAGAUGAGGUAUGCAGGGUGAAUCAAAAGAAGACGCUUAAAACAAAACCAAGGAUAACUCCACAUAUACAACCAGUAGCUGCACAACAGCAAAUACAUCCUGUUGACAGUCUUCAAAUCAAACCCGAUGUUACACGAACACCACACAAACAAGAUAACAAUUUACAGUCAUCGGCCGAAGAAUACGAAACUGUUCUCUUUAACAAGCUUAACCACAAAUCACGUAGACUUGAUGGGAUCGAUCCAUCUACACCCACUCAAGCAAGCAGUUCAGAUGAUGAACACAAUGAACAAGAAGCGAUUUACAUGAUUCCUGAAAGUGACUUGUACCAGAAUUGGGAUGUGCCAGUUGAUUCCCCAAAAGUUACCGACCCCUAUAUAAACCAAGCGAUAGUAAAUGCUAAUACAAAUGACAACGUUUACUUGGUUAUGAAUAAAUGUUAG